UAUUUUGCAGGCUUUAAUUUUAAUAACAAAAACCACAACCUCGUCAAUAACCCCGUCGAAUUCAUCAAUACCGAAAAUAUGCAGUCCGCUGGAAAGAUGAUCUUCGCUUUUGUCCUUCUUUCGGGACUGAUUUGCGCUGCUCUUGCAGAACCGAACCCAAAUUAUAUGCCAGCAAUGGCUUACGGAGGAAUGAUGAGCAGCUCUUCAAGUGGAAUGUCGAUGCAAAUGAAAGGAAAACCCAAAUAUUAUACGAAGUAUCCCAAGAAGAAAUACGUUGUCUCAUACAAACAGAAGAGACCACAAAAGGGAUACGGUGGCAGCUCUUCGUCGUCUUCUUCCGAUGACGAUUAUUGAAGCUACUGUUAUUCCAACGGAAACUGGGAUAAUGAUGAUUUGAACUUUCUCGAAUAUUUAUUUGGAAUUGAGUCUAAAUCGUGAACUCGUGCAUGUCUUUGAUGCAUAUGAGAGGAAAAUUUCCUGAAUUAUUCUGUCUUUUCUUCCCAUUUGUAAUUUUUUCACCAUGAAAUGCAUCGAAAUAAACUUGAGCUUCUGUUUAUA